AUGCCGACGCUCGUGACGCUCGCGAUGCUGUCGACAUUCGCGAUGUUGUUCGUGUGUGCGACGACCGACGAGUGCAUAAGCGACACGCAGGUGUGCGACGGUUCGCCCAACUGCAGCGACGCGGACGGGCCGUCCGACGAGGACGCCGCGUUCUGCGCGACGUACGAUUGUCCCACUGGGUGGAGCAAGUGCGACGACGGCGUGCAGUGUUACGAGGACAGUCGCGCGUGCGACGGAACGCGCGACUGUAACAAUGGGAGCGACGAAGAGGGUUGCGACGCUGAUACGGGUGGCACGACCCCUGUCACGGGAACGCCUCAAACGGGGACGCCUGAUACGGGAACGACUGAUACGGGAACCGCUGAUACGGGGACACCUGAUACGGGAACGGCUGAUACGGGAACGACUGGUUCGGGAACGGCUGAUUCUGGGACCGCUGAUUCGGGGACGGCUGACUCGGGGACGGCUGAUACGGGAACGGCCGAUACGGGAACGGCCGAUACGGGGACGGCUGAUACGGGAACAGCUGAUUCGGGGACGGCUGAUUCGGGAACGGAUGAUUCGGGGACGGCUGAUUCGGGGACGGCUGAUUCGGGAACCUCUGAUACUGGAACGACUGAUACGGGAACGGAUGAUACGGGAACAGAUGGUACGGGAACAGAUGAUACGGGAACUUCUGAUACGGGAAUGGCUGAUACAGGAACUUCUGAUACGGGAACCACUGAUACAGUAGCACCAGGUGAUGAAAGUGGAACUGGUGAAGGAACAUCUACGGACGGAAGCGUUCCGGCAGAUGAAACUCCGCAAGGAGAUGGAACCGAAAAUACAGGAGAUGUAACUCCACCACCUCCGCCGGCUGACGAAAAUAUGACUCCCCCAGGAGAUGUAGCUCCACCCCCGCCGCCAGCUGACGUGGACAGUCCAGGUGGAGAUGAAACAGCUGGUGGUGCUUCACCAGGUGAUUCGUCAGGGUCGGGGGAAGGUUCACAGGAACCUUCGGAAGGAGUAGCAGGGGACGGGGGGGUGGGAGGGAGUGAUGGGGGAGGGGGAGAUAUGGGGGGGAGCGGAGAUGAUGGGGGAAGCGGAGAGGUGGGGGGGAGCGGAGAUGAGGGGGGAAGCGGAGAUGAGGGGGGAAGCGGAGGGGAGGGGGGAAGCGGAGGGGAGGGGGGAAGCGGAGGGGAGGGGGGAAGCGGAAAUGAGGGGGGAAGCGGAGACGAAGGGGGUGAGGGAGGAGGAAGUGAGGAGGGUGGGGAUGGAGGGGAGAGUGGAGAAGGAGAGUCAGGAGAUGGGGGCGGAGAUGAAACAGAUGAGGGCGGUGAUGGGGAAGGUGGGGACUCAGGGGAUGAAGAUUCAGGUGAAUCUGAAGAAGAACCUGAGACGCCACCUCCCCCACCUCCACCUGAGAAGCAGCUCUCUCCCCUUGAGCAGAAGAAGAGGGAGUAUCAGAAGGCUGCACAGGCAGCAGAGGCUGCGAAAUCCGAUGCUGAAAAGGCCAAUGCGAUUGCUCAGCAGGAGGAGAAAGACGCCGAGGCGGCUCAAGCACGGGCAGAUAAAAAGGCGAGAGAUGCCAAGAGCUCUAGGGGCGGGGCGAGUGGGAAGAAGAGGCGGGAGGAGGCGAAGCAAGCGCAAAAAGAGGCAGACGCUGCGAGGGUUAAAGCGGACCAGGCGAGAGAGGAGGCAGAUGCGAAGGAAGCAGCGGCUGGGGAGGCUGCUAAUGCAGUGGAGGAGAAGAGGCAGGAGCUUGUAGACGAAGCAGAGAGGAGCAAACCGGAGCUAGAGGCAAAGAAGCGGCAAGGGACGGCUAGGAAGAACGCGGCUCGGGCCGAGCGCGAUGCGGCUAAGGAGAAAAAGGAGGAGAAGAAGAGGACGUUCCGAGAGAGGGUGGCUGCGGCCCGUCUUGCCCAGAUGGCUGAAAAGGCCAGUGCUGCCGCGGCUGCUGCAGCAGAGAAGCAAGCGGCUGCGGAUAAGGCGUUGGAGGAUAAGCAACAGGCGGAUGCUGAGGUGGACCGGCUGGUUUUAGCAAAGAGUCAGGCGGAGGAUGCGGCGAGGGAGGCAGGGGAGGCGCAGGCUGCGGCGGAGGCGGCCGCACGGGAUGCAGUGGAUGCUGGUGAUGAGGGGUUGAGUGCGGUGAAGUGGGCGGAAGCCGCGGAUGCACUGGGGUUGAAAUGGGUGAAGCAGUCGGAGGUGGAGCAAGUGAAGAGGGAGUUGGUUGCGGCUAAGGCGGCGGCUAAGCUAGCUGCUAAGGAGGUUGCAGUGAGGCAGCAGGCGGCUGCUCGUGCCGCGAGUGAGGCGCAGAAAGUGGCCGGCAAAGUGGGUGGGGGCGGUGCGGGCGGUGGCAGUGGUGGUGAUGGGAGUGGUGAUAGCGGUGGUGAUAGUGGUGGUGAUAGUGGUGGUGAUGCUGGUGGUGAUGCUGGCGGUGAUGGUGGGUCUACUGAUUCGGGAAGUGGGACAAGCGAGGGUGGGUCUACAGAUACAAGCAGUGCGACCAGUGCUGGGUUAACGAAAAGAAGUGUUUCAUCAGCUGACAGUGGGGUAGGUGAAGGGGACAAUGCGGCAGUCGGGUUUUCUUUUACUGAUGGUGUUGUUGGGAGUGGUGGUGACGAAAAGAAGGUUAACAAUAGGAACAGGAAGGUGAAUGUUGGGGGCUGA